UUUAUUAUACUGGGUCUCUUAGUUUUAUACAUAUUUUUUUUUAAGUAUCAAACAUGGAUAACAGUAAAUUGAUAUUGAAACAAUUUCACAAUUGUAAUAUACUACGGGAUGGCAAGAUUAUAAAUGAAGAUUUAUGGGUUCGUGAUGGAAAAAUUAUAAAUCCCGAAAAGAUUUUUUACGAUGAAAAAAUUUUACCUGAUUAUAAAAUAGAUUGUCAAGGCGCACUAAUUUCACCAGGUUACAUAGAUUUACAAAUUAACGGUGGUUUCGGUGUAGAUUUUUCACAUAAUAUCGAGAACGUCGAAGAAGGUAUAAACAAAGUAGCAAAAAAAUUAUUAGAAUAUGGUGUUACAUCAUUUUGUCCUACAUUAGUUACAUCUCCUAGUGAUACGUAUUACAAAGUGCUGCCCAAGAUAAAAAAACAAAACGGUGGUAGUCGGGGAGCAACUGUUUUAGGUGUUCAUUUAGAAGGCCCAUUUAUAAGUCUUCAUAAAAAAGGUGCUCAUCCUGAAGAAUAUAUUAAAAAUUUUGAACAUGGAUUUAAAUCGAUAAUCGAUAUGUAUGGGAUUUUGGAUAAUGUUUGUCUUCUUACAUUAGCUCCUGAAAUUCCAAAUGCCAUGUCCGUAAUUAAUGAAUUAUGCAAAAGAAAUAUUAAAGUUUCAGUAGGACAUUCUAUUGCCAGUUUAAAUGAAGGAGAAGCAGCAGUACAACAUGGGGCCACGUUUAUUACACAUCUUUUCAAUGCAAUGUUACCAUUCCACCAUCGUGAUCCAGGACUAGUUGGCUUAUUGACAUCUGAUCAAAUACCACCUGGAAAAGUUGUUCAUUAUGGGAUCAUAGCUGAUGGUGUUCAUACUCACCCUGCAGCAUUAAGAAUUGCACAUAGAACACAUCCUGAAGGACUCGUUCUUGUAACUGAUGCAAUAUCAGCAUUGGGUUUGAAAGAAGGUGUACAUCAACUAGGCCAGCUUGAUAUAGAAAUACGUAAAGGACGUGCCUAUAUUGCUGGUACCAAUACUCUUUGUGGUAGUAUGGCUGAAAUGUCUAAAUGUGUACGUAUUUUUAAGGAAGCAACAGGCUGCUCAGUAGUUGAAGCCUUAGAAGCUGCAACCUUGCAUCCAGCAAGAGCACUAAAAAUUGAAUCUAAAAAAGGAGUAUUGAAUUUUGGUGCUGAUGCUGAUUUUGUUUUACUAAAUGAUAAUCUAGAACUUCUAUCUACAUGGAUAUCAGGAGAUUGUGUUUAUACUAAAUGCAAAUGUAUCUUGCAAUCUUCAUGAACUAUGUUUUGUCAGUAUGAAAAUAUUAACAUUAUGAAACAGACAAUAUUUUGAUUUUUAAAUAAUAACUUAUUGUAUUACUUGAUGGCUGUGAAUCUCACGCCUAUCAUGUUAAAGUGAAAGUAUUUGCAGAUUACAUUUACUUCAUUGAAUAUUAUAUAUUUUAUAUAUUACUUUUUUACUUCCUAACGUUAAUCUUAUGAAUUGUAUAAUAGCUAUUAAUCUCGAUUUGUUUAAUAUAUGCUGUU